ACUUGUCAACCUUGGUUCUGCAGGACGUCUUAUAUCACAUACAUUCCAUCAUGCCAGUGCAGGACGCUGCUCGUGCCGUCUCGUAGAUUUCUCCGUUCCUGGAGAUGCUAUUCCAACCUCAUACUAAACAACCAUACGCUUGGGUUGACUGACAAGAAAUUCGAGGAAAGAGAAAUCUAUCUCAUCGACAAAGUUGGCCAGAUUCUUACAAAUCAUUAUGGCAAUGGGGUGAGGGUGAAGACACUUGAACUUGAUCUUUACCCUUGCAAGAAUACCAAUGCCUCGCACCUGGACAGGUGGCUCCAAAUCACUGUUAAGCCUGGGAUCGAAGAACUUAACUUUAUGUUUUCUGUAUACAUGAAGAAAAAGUACAGCUUUCCGUGUUCAGUUUUGUCUGAUGAGGCAGCUGCAAGUUCAAUUCAGUCUCUUCGCCUCUUCACUUGUGCUUUUAAUCCUACAUCGAAACUUGGCCGCUUGAGAAGAUUGAAAUUUUUAGAUCUGUCCCUUGUCCACAUUACUGAGGAAGGAUUAGGGCAUUUUCUCUCGAAAUCGUUUGCCUUGGAACGGCUGGUUAUCUUUGCAUGCACAGGGAUAACUUCCUUGAGAAUACCUUGUACGCUGCAGCAGCUCAAGUUCCUCAGAAUUACAAGAUGUAAUAUGAUGCGGGUGGUAGAGAUCAAUGCUCCAAAUCUCUGCUCUUUUCACUAUGGUGGGACCUUGGAAGAAAUCUCUGUCAGAAAUUGUUCACAACUUGAGCUUGUAGAGUCUUCUUUCUGCCCGUCUGGUAUUCUCUCUUAUGCUCGUGCCAGGCUUCCAUCCAUCGCACAAAAUGUUGAGAGCCUUACACUAAUCUCUCAUAAUGAGAAUGUAACCACUCCAAUGCUGCCAUCCAAGUUCCUCCAUCUCAAGAAGCUGGAAAUUAGACUCUACUGUUGGACACUGCCCUCCCCCCCAGCCUAUGACGUAUUCUCUCUGGUUUCUUUUCUUGAUGCUUCUCCUACCUUGGUUUCUUUCAUUCUGCGUGUAAAUGAUGCCAUAAGGUCCGAUCCUGUUGUUGGACACGACGCCGAAUACCUGAGGCGCAAGCCGGGUUACCGGCAUAACAGCCUCAGACAUGCGAUGAUCACGGACUUCUGUUCAUCCAAGAGCUUGAUUGAGCUCACGAUCCACAUCCUUGAGAGCGCACCUUCGCUCGAGCGACUCACACUGGACACCACCCGCGGCUAUGAUAGGAGGUGUGGUACCAUUGGCAAAUGCCCCGCCUCAAGUAAAAUUGGCCAAUGCUUUCCUAUUUGCAAAAGAACCUUCGAAGAAGCUCAUAGAGCUGUGGAGGCUGCGGGCAGAUACAUCGCGGGAAGAGUUCCUUCGGCUGUUGAAUUCGAGGUCCUGGAGCUCUGUAGUAGAUGUCAUAUGGUAAACCAUAGAUCAAUGCCAGAGUAGUUUUAUCUUUCUUUAUAUUUGAGAAAAUUCCAUAUAUGGCAAAUGUCUUAUUCCCGGUAAAAAUAAAUAGCACGUCUUUUUUA